CCAAGAGGAAGUGAUGCUGCCGCUGCUUCUCCCCCGCUUGAACUGACUGUUGAUUCUGAAGAGACCAACAGGCAGAAGGUAGGAGGCAGCACUGUUAUCUUGACUGUCUCUCUGGUGAUGGACAGAGCAGAGCAUCAGACGGAGACAUGGAGGGGGACCUGGCUGUGGGCAGGAAAGAAGACCCGGACGUCCAUUUGUUCCCAGGUGAGAGGAGGAAGAUCAUCCAGCCCACGUCACUGAGAGACCCCAAACUGGAGAAGCUGAAGGAGGUGCUGCUGGAUUGGAUCAAUAGCAGCCUGAAAGUGGAGCACAUCGUGGUCCAGAGUCUGGAGGAGGAUCUGUACGACGGCCUGGUGCUCCAUCACCUGCUGGCCAGGUUGGCUGGUGUUCGCUUGCCUCUGGAGGAAAUCGCUCUGAGCCGUUCGGCCCAGAUCCACAAGCUGGAGCAGAUCCUGCGGGAGCUGGAGCCGACCCUGGGCCUGCGGGAGGACGAGCCCGUCCGCUGGAGCGUGGAGCUCAUCCACCAGAAGGACCUGCUGGCCACCCUCCAUCUGCUGGUUGCCAUGGCAACCCGCUUCCAGCCCGAGCUGCCGCUGCCGGCCGACGUGCAGGUGGAAGUUCUGGAGCUGCAGGUCAGCAAGAACGGCAUCAGGUCGGAGGUCACGACCCAGGUCCUGACGGGGCCCAGCUCGGACUCGCUCAGCAAGAGCCACGGGGGCGAUGCUGUUGACCGCUUACUGAAGCAGGAGGCCCACAAGGUCGACCUGGUGAAGAAGGCUCUCAUCAACUUUGUGAACCAGGCCAUGUCCCCGUUAGGCCUGCAGGUGGCAGACUUGGACAAACAGGUGCGUAGCUACCGGUCGCCUGGGAACGUCAGCAGUGAACCCGGUGUCGGUGUGUGGCAGUUUGCCGACGGUGUGAUUCUGCUGCUGCUGAUCGGACAGUUGGAGGGCUUCUUCCUGCCGCUCUGCCACUACAGCCUGACGCCGGUCAACCAUGCUGAGAUGCUCCACAACGUGACCUUGGCCCUCGACCUCCUGAGCGACUUGGGAUUACUGACCACCCCAAUCGACCCUCAAGACGUGGUGUCGCAGGACGCCAGCGCCACCUUGAGGAUCCUGCUCACUCUGUUCAGGAAGCACCGCGGGAGCCAGGAGCCACGAGGGGAGGGAGCACAGGCGACGACUGGAGGCUUUCCAGUCCCAGAGCUGUGACACUGACACGCUCAGUGGAACAAGCGGCGUCUCAUCCACCUCAGAAUAAAUCCUCUAAUCUGUCCGUUACUGUUUAUUUUGUUGCACAACAACACAUGCAGAACAUCUAGUUCUAAAGUUGUAGUUUUAAAUGGUCUAAAUUUAGUGCCCCCUGGUGGUCUGGAGGUGUGACUUCACCUUGCUCUGCUCCAUUUCCUGAUGUUCUUCAGCCAUUCGAUAGGAAUAGAUUUCAUUGUUUACAUAGCCUUACAAACGAUAU